AUGGGUCGCCGAAAAGCAAGAUCCUACCGGGCUUCAAGCCCACCAGAUUCAGACUCCAGCGCAUCCAGCGACACAAGUUUCGAGUCUGCAAAGGUAAUCGGCGACGAAGGCGAUGCAGAGGCUCUGCAUUUGAAACGAAAGGCCUCCAGAAGCGGCCAAAUACCCCCGCACCGCUGCCGGCAUUGCGACUAUAUUCCCACUCUGCGCCCUUACCGGCGCGAGCCGGUGCAUGUUCUGAAAAGCCGAGCCGAGAUCAAACACGCUGCUAGAAAGGGGUGCAAUUGGGCGUUACUGCUCUAUCCGCAAAUCCGUUAUUUUGACCUCGAGCGGAAGGCUGUAAGGAGUCUCAUCGACAAAGGAUUUCGACCCAGGAUAGAUGUGGAAGAGGGAGUUCGUGUGGACGUUGGCAAUGGGGGCUCACGUGUUAUCACCGAUAAAAGAAACAACGAGAAGGCAUUGUCGAGCGCUUUCGAGCGUUCCUCAGAACGCGAGGAGUUUCUGUCAUUUUCCGACGAGGACAGUGACUUCUGGGGGGGAUUCGAGCUGUGGUCGGCUGAAUACUGGCCAGAAGACUUCGGGGGAUCCAUCAACCCUGAUCUUGUUCGUUUGGAGUUUCAACUUCAUCAAUAUGAGCCUCUGGAGAUGCAUGUCAGCAUGUGUCUCUGUGGGCCAUCGGAAAUCUAUGCUUUGCGUCACUCGGCCAGCCCAUCAACGACCCAUGAUUCAUCGGCAAGCCGUACUAACGGCCGUUCUGGAGGUGAUUCUGAGUCGAGGAGAUUUGUUGAUAAAGUCCCCAUGUUGAGUGUGUGGUCUUGCUUUGAGAUGUUUCACGUAGUGGGACGUGCAGGUGACCUGAUGCAGUUGGGCCUUGGUGAAUCUCUUGCGCCUGUCAACACAGAUCCAGGGGCCCGGGAAUCCCUGGAGCUAAUGAGACAUUGGCAUCGCUUCUGUAAAACGAAUCACGAAUGCGGCAUGGAAAAGCCGCCGGAUGUUAUGCCUAGGAUGAUUUUAGACCUCAUGACGACUCUCGACACCUCAAAGGUUGGCCUCAAGAUAAUCACACCCGACGACGUCCACAAGCGGUAUCUUGCUUUGUCGUAUUGCUGGGGACAAUCCGCACAGAACCUCGUCCUGCUCAAGGCAACUAUGACACAAUUCGCACAAGGGAUCAAGAUUACUUCUCUUGACCAGACAAUUCAAGACGCCAUCAAGAUUGCGAAAGCUUUGGGUUACCGAUAUUUAUGGGUCGAUGCAUUAUGUAUCAUUCAAGAUGACCCGAUUUUCAAAAGCGCCGAGAUCUCUCGAAUGGAUGAGAUAUACAGAAAUGCGACGAUAUGCAUAGUUGCUGCGAGAGCAAGCAGUGUGAAGGAAGGCUUCCUGUCUAAACGUUUGCCCCUCGGUCAGCACACACCCAACACCGUCUUCCCGCUCAGGAUUAAGGGUUCGAAGAAUGAACCGCGUACAAAAGCUGUCCUCAUUCCACAACAGGACACUUUGGCGGGCGAUCUCACUGACGAGCCUAUGGAAGAUCUGGAGUGGUUUACCUCCCUGACACCCAAUGACCCUCUUCCCGACCAAGAGCCCUGGGAACAAAGAGCGUGGACUGUGCAAGAGGAUCUCCUGUCCGCGAGACAAUUGAAAUUUGGCAACAAUCAAACGACCUGGACGUGCUUCUGCUCCACGUUGCCGUACAUUGCGUCUGACGGCUGGCUCAAGAAUGGUUCCCGAGAAGGCAAUCGGGUAUAUGAUACAGAGUUGUUUCGGCGGGUGAACCAAAACUUGAGAAGGUUACAGUCCCGGGACCGGGUUUCAAGAAGAAGAGAUCCGCUUGCAAACUCCGAGACUUUAUUUCCAGACGCCCUGAGCACGUGGUACAGAUUGGUCGAGUGUUAUUCUUUCCGGCAUGUGACAAACAAAAGCGAUAGACUGCCCGCGAUAUCGGCCCUGGCCAAGGAGUUCGCCAAGGUCCUGAAGGACGAGUACGUUUGCGGCCAUUGGAGAUCUCGUUUGCCAUUGGAGCUCAUGUGGUCCCCCGUCCGCGGAUCGCACUCUCUUCGUGACACACGGCCAAGACUGCGGCCUUCAUGGAGUUGGGCUUCCUUUGAGGGCGCCAUUAUGAUGACCUCUUACAAGUUCGAUGCAAAUUUCAAGGUCUAUGGCCAUUUCGUGGACUUGGAACACCCCCACGCACCAUAUGGCGCCGUCAAGGCAGCCAGUCUCGACCUACAAGGAUUACUCAUCGAAGACCAGAUCGUGCGCCAUGAUCGUAACGGGAAGCCGAACCUGGGUCUUUCCAAUCAGAGCAGGAAUGGUGUGCGAGGAUGCGUACUUGGUCGCCACGCGAGGCUGCAUCUUGACUACCCCGAUGAACUACGAGUAAGCGAAGAUGAACUUGCUAGCUUUGUCUUGCUUGUUGUCUCUGAUUCUCGGAAUUCGGAUAGUCCAGACGGUCUCGUUCUGCGCCCACACGGAAAUGACAUAUACAGUCGAGUGGGGCUCUUCGCGUUUUAUCAGAACUACACUGGGCUCAAGUCAGUCACUAGUCCGGAUUCCUACGACCUCAAGCUGUUUUUUGGGCACGAUAAGAGCUCAGAGGAUGGAAAGAAAUACCGGAGACUUUGGAAGGACUCAUACAUGUACCGAGGAGGAGAGUUGCGGACAAGUAAGGGACACGUUAGACGGUUCUCGCUUGUGUAA